CUUCCGGUAAAAUGGCAGGUUGCAGAUAGUUUCUGAAAUGCCAUUAAUACUUAUGUGCGGUUUUCCGUCCAGCGGGAAGUCAAAAAGGGCAAACGAACUUGACAAGUACUUUUCUAAUGAUUGUCAAAAGAAAGUGACUGUUAUUAGUGAUCACACGAUAGGUGUCAAUCGAAAUGAAACUUACGACGAUUCCAAGAAAGAAAAGAUUGUGAGAGGAAAUUUGAAAUCAUCUGUACAAAGGUGUUUGGAUAAAGACAGCCAGCAUCACUAUUUUAGACUCUUGAAUAUAUAA